AUAUAUAUUCUUCCUCUUUUUUUCUCUCUCAUCUUUUGCCUCUCUCUCUCUCCUCCAUAACCAAAAUAUCAAACACCCUUCAACCCCUUCUUCUCUUCUCUGUUGGAUUUCAAUCUCUCCCUCUCACUCUGAUUUUUCCUUUUUCAAUUUUCCAUGGAGGGUCAUCAUCUCCAUCACCAUCACCGGCAACAACAACAACAACAUCAUCAUCAACAACAACAUCAACAACAACAGCAUCAUCACCACCCUCAUCACAACAUCACAACUAGUAACGUGGAUGCCACGGAUAGGUUCCCCCAAUGGAGCAUCCAGGAGACAAAAGAGUUCCUCAUGAUCCGUGCCGAGCUGGAUCAGACUUUCAUGGAUACAAAGAGGAACAAACAGCUUUGGGAAGUCAUCUCCACCCGGAUGAAGGAAAAGGGUUUCCAUAAAAGUGCAGAACAGUGCAAGUGCAAGUGGAAAAACCUCGUUACCCGCUAUAAGGGAUGUGAAACGAUGGAGCCAGAAGCGACGAGGCAGCAAUUCCCGUUUUACAACGAGCUUCAAGCGAUUUUCGCGGCGAGAAUGCAGAGAAUGUUGUGGGCGGAAGCAGAAGGAGGGUCCAACAAGAAGAAGGUGCACCUUUCCUCCGAGGACGAGGAAGAGGGCAAUGAAGAGACAAGCGAGGGGGAUCACAAGGGUAACAUCACCAGCAAGAAAAAGAAGAAGGGCAAGAUGGUAAUUGGUGGAGGAGGGAGUGGUAACAACAACUUGGAGAGUUUGAAGGAGAUCAUGGAUGAGUUCAUGAGGCAGCAGAUGCAAAUGGAGGCACAGUGGAUGGAAGCCUUUGAGGCAAGAGAGAAUGAGAGGAGGCUGAAGGAGAUGGAGUGGAGGCAAACCAUGGAGGCUUUGGAGAAUGAGAGGUUAAUGAUGGACCAAAGAUGGAGGGAGAGGGAAGAACAAAGAAGGAUUAGAGAAGAAGUUAGGGCUGAUAAGAGAGAUGCUCUAAUCACUGCUCUUCUAAACAAGCUCAGAAGAGAAGAGAUGUAGUUGCUAGUUUGUUUGGCUAGAUAGAUUCAUAGCUACCUAGCUAGCUUGCUUUUAUGUGUCUUUCUUCUUCUCAUGAAGCAAAGCUUGAUUUAAGAGGUUUGUUCUAACUUCAAAGAACUCCCCCAAUUUAUAUAUCUUGGUCAAUAUUAAUAUAUAUAUACAUACAUACAUAAUUAUGGUUCC